AUGGCGGUUUUAUCGAGUAAUUCAUCAAACAUUGUCACAUCAAAAUCUUUAAACUUAUCACUCGAUGAACAUAAAACUUAUAUAAAUAAUACAUUGAACAAUUGGUGUAAAAAUAAUGAAUCAAGACUUAAUUUGUCAAAUUUGUCCUUGAUUGAAGGUCAACAUUACUCUAUUUCCAUAUUAAAUGAUGCAAGUGGUGCAUUAAAAGCUAAUAUAAAAUGUUGUUGUAACAAAUGGAUAUCAUUAACAAAUAAUCGUGGCAAAUUUCAACUAUCAAACUUUUACAGGCAUUUACAAGAUUUUCGUAAUAAUAAUACAUGUGAUAAAAUGAAAGAAUUAAUAAAAAAUUGUAAGCUGAUUUCAUCAAUAACUGCAGAUAAUCAACAAUCUUUUACAUGUUCAGAUACUGUACCAGAUCAAGAAUCAUCAUCAGAUAAUCAACAAUCAUUUACAUCAUCAGAUACUGCACCAGAUCACGAAUCAUCAUCAGAUACUACACCAGAUCACGAAUCAUCAUCAAAUGCGAUAUUACUUAAUUCUACGUCUACCUCUAUAACAACCGAUGAUCAUGAAAGUCUUGAACAACCUUCGCCAUUAUUAAAAAGUAAAAGUAGAGCGAAAAGGAAGCUUCAUUCAGUAGAAUCAUCUUAUAAUACGAAAGAAGUUGUAAAAAGAACGAGAAGACAAUAAUAUUUACCUUAGGAACAUUUUCCUGCUUAUACUUCUCGUUUUACUUCUUUCAUAGUAUAUCAUACAGUAUACUCUUCUUAUGAAGCUGGAUUUUUUUAACUUUACAAUUUCCUUAUUAUUUUUAAAAAUUUGUCAUUCGUUAAUUGUUUUCAUAUUUAUAUUUUUUUCAUAUUUUUACACUUUAUCAGACGCUAUGAAGCAUUUACAAAAGAUUGUGAUGGUAAAAAAAAGGAAAUUUUUAAUCGACAGUUAAUGCAUAGUCUGUUUUUUAUUUCCGAUAGCUGAAGGCAAUAAGCAGCAGAUUUUAUCAUAGCUUGGAUUGCUGGACUUCAGACAAGACUGGAGUCCAUUGGAGUCCAAUG